AUUUCACCUGCCAACAAUAUUAUUAAUUCUGUUUUUAUUUAUUAUAUUAUUAUUAUUGUUAUUAUUAUUACUCUUCCUAAAUUCAUAAACUUUCUCAGAUUUUAUUUUGUGUCAUCAUUUAUCCCAAUUCCCAGAAUUCUGGCUGUUUUGUGUUUAUAAUUGGAUCUUGGUGGAUUGAAAAACCCUUUCCUAGGAAAAGAAUGAUGAAAGACAGUGUAUGUUGUUGUAAGAACAGUAUUACAUUGAAUUGAAACAAGGGUUUAUAGAAUUGUAAAGUAAUAGUAGGGAUUAUUAUUAUUAUGGAGGAUCAAAUAAUAGUGGAUGACCAUAUGGAUGUUGAGGAGGCCCUUAAUCCGAUGUGGCCGGAUAAUGUAAAUGAAGCUGGGAGUCAAUUCAAUGUGGAUUGGCCGCAGGAGGAUCAAGAUAUGUUGAAAGAAGUAGCAAUUAACGCGGGGAGCCUCGAAAUAGAUUUGGAGCGUCUCCAUGACAUGACAGUAGACAGUGAUAAGGGUGGCUCUCAACUGGCCUAUCUUAUGAAGUAUUGGGAGUAUAAGCAAGAGAAUGCUGCUCGUCUCCUCAGAGAAGAGCUUGAUCGCCUCGGCAAGCAAAGAGAGGAGGUUGAGCUUAAGAGAUUGGAGAUUUUAGAGGAACAUCGUUUUGAGGAAGAACGAGUUGGGGCUGACAGAUAUUCUGUUUCUGUGUUGGAGGAGCUCUAUGAUUCCUACACGAUUGUUCCUAAGAAAAAACGCGAUUCCCCUGUUGAAAGUAAUAAAGGACUUGAAAUAGAUGCUGAGUAUGAUACCAUUGUGUAUUGGAAACAAAGGGCUGUGAUCCUUGAGAAUUUGCUGAAGGAAAGCAGGCAGAGGGAGCAGAUUCUCUUGGAAAAGCUGGACGAAAGCAUCAAGAAUAUGGAGCAACAGUCCACACCGGUGGAAGAAUUGUCACAGAUGCUUAAAAGAGCAGAUAACUUUAUUCACUUCAUUCUUCAAAAUGCACCCAUUGUUCUUGGUCAUAUGGAUAAAGAGCUGCGCUACCGUUUUAUCUACAAUCACUACCCAAGUUUUAAAGAGGAGGAUAUUAUAGGGAAAACGGAUACAGAGAUCUUUUCUGGUGCUGGAGUGAAGGAGUCUCUAAACUUCAAACGAGAAGUCUUAGAACGUGGACUACCCGGAAAGAGAGAGAUAACAUUUGAAACUGAACUUUUUGGGUCAAAAACCUUUUUGAUAUAUGUGGAGCCUGUGUUUAAUAAGGCAGGAGAGACCAUUGGUGUCAAUUACAUUGGAAUGGAUAUUACAGAUCAGGUCAGAAAAAGAGAGAAGAUGGCAAAGCUUCGAGAGGAGAUAGCUGUUCAGAAAGCCAUGGAGACUGAAAUGAAUAAGACUAUACAUAUAACAGAGGAAACUAUGCGAGCUAAGCAAAUGCUUGCCACUAUGUCUCAUGAGAUACGGUCACCAUUAUCUGGUGUUGUUAGCAUGGCCGAGGUUCUAGCCACCACUAGGCUGGACAAGGAACAACGACAAUUGUUAGAUGUCAUGAUUUCUUCAGGGGAUUUGGUCCUUCAGCUCAUCAAUGACAUCCUUGAUCUCUCCAAGGUUGAGUCAGGUGUUAUGAGACUGGAAGCUACCAAGUUCCGACCAAGAGAAGUUGUAAGGCAUGUACUCCAGACAGCUGCAGCAUCUUUGAAGAAAAUGUUGACGUUGGAAGGAUACAUAGCAGAUGAUGUUCCGAUAGAGGUGAUUGGAGAUGUUCUUAGAAUUCGACAAAUUCUCACUAAUCUAGUCAGUAAUGCCAUUAAAUUUACGCAUGAAGGUAAAGUUGGCAUAAGACUUUAUGUAGUACCAGCGCCUUAUUCUGGAGAAGAAGAUCUCCAUCCUGUCGAAAGAUUCGAAGCCAAUGCUGCCACAGAUGAAAAAGGUGAUUCUGAUCAUCCAUAUGGAGAUGAUCCUUCUGAAGCUCAUAAAAAUUCGGAUGAGUCUGGAACGCCAGUCAAGAGAGGAGAAUCACAAUCAAAAGAUGAAGAUAGGCAUCCCAUUAUAUUUCCAACAACAGUAUGGAUACGCUGUGAUGUAUAUGACACUGGAAUAGGAAUUCCAGAGCACGCUUUGCCCACUUUAUUCAAAAAAUAUAUGCAAGCCAGUGCUGAUCAUGCUCGUAAGUAUGGUGGAACUGGACUAGGCUUGGCCAUAUGCAAACAACUGGUUGAGCUAAUGGGUGGACAUAUGACGCUAUCCAGCAAAGAGCAUUGUGGAUCAACAUUCACAUUUGUUCUCCCAUACAGGGUAUCUCCUGAAUCCGAUGACCAGUCUGAUGAUCCUGAUGAGCUUUCAGAUGCUUCUACUCAUCAUGAUGCAACAGCCACUGAUGAUCAUACAGCUGGAUUUUUCCAAUUCCAGCCUCGGACAUUGAGUUCAUCUAUGUUAUCCCUCAGUGGAGAAAGCAGGAGCCAAAAUAUAUUACAAAAUAAUUACGGAUUUAGUAUGCCUGACAUCAACCCAAAUUUAGCUUCAUUGUCUCCUACUCAUGCCACUCCAAAGGAGUUGGAAACUGAGCAGGGAUCACAUGAAAGUUCUUCGAGGAACAGUGGUGAUAAUGCUGCUGCUGAAAUAAGUGGUAGAAAUGAUCAGUAUGUUGGAGAGGAAAGGAAUAUUGGUGAAAACCUAAGAUCAUUGGAUAUGGAGGCUGGGUCUAGUGUAAGUGGGGGGCAAGUGGAAAAGACAUUACAUGACCCUCAAGAUGAACACCGGAUGAUGCAGAAUCGUGAUACAAGUCUGCAGAGUACUGCAAGCAGCGUGCCUGAUGUACAGACACCUGAGAAAAAGCCUAAAAUACUCCUUGUAGAAGACAAUAAGAUCAAUGUGGUGGUGACAACAUCCAUGAUGAAACAAUUGGGUCACAGAAUAGACGUUGUUAAUAAUGGAAUUGAAGCCAUUCGUGCUGUUCAAAAUCAUACUUAUGACCUUGUUUUGAUGGAUGUCUGCAUGCCAGUGAUGGAUGGACUUCAAGCUACAAGGAUCAUUCGAUCUUGCGAAGAGUCUGGCAGUUGGGAUGCUGCUAUGGAGGCAGGAAUUGAUCAACCUAUGCGUUUUCAGGAUUCACCAGUGAAUUUUCAUUAUCCACCGAAGAGAAUUCCAAUUAUUGCGAUGACAGCAAAUGCAUUAUCAGAGAGUGCAGAUGAGUGCUUUGAGAAUGGUAUGGAUUCGUUUGUGUCAAAGCCUGUCACACUCCUAAAGUUAAAAGAGUGCCUUCAGCAGUAUUUGCCGUGAUGUCUUCUUGUAUAUUCAUUCAUCUGUACAGAAGUAGAAUGUCUUUCUUUUUAGGAAAGUUUUGUAACCAAAUGUAUCAUGUUUUUAGGAAUGAGCAUCUUUGUAAAAAAAUUUUGCCAAUUCUUUUACUGGUGGGAAAGAAAUAAAAGUUUGCAGCUAAGCUGAAUGGGUUGGAAAUAAAAGUUUUACCUCUGAAAAGUUUCUUGUUUAGCAAUUAAUCAAGUAGCCAAUAAUGUAUGCGACUAUGCAUUAGGAUUUAAGGACUAAGGAUGAGCCUUGAGGAAAUUCCUA